CUGAACCCCUCCCCUUGCACCUCCUCCUCUGACCUGCUCCACACUCCACCCACCAGAACCAUGACCUGCUGUGGCUGCUCUGGGGGCUGUGGCUCCAGCUGCUGUGUGCCUGUCUGCUGCUGCAAGCCCGUGUGCUGCUGUGUGCCGGCCUGUCCCUGCUCUAGCUGUGGGUCCUGCGGGGGCUCCAAGGGGGGCUGUGGGUCCUGCGGGGGCUCCAAGGGGGGCUGUGGGUCCUGCGGGGGCUCCAAGGGGGGCUGUGGGUCCUGUGGGGGCUCCAAGGGAGGCUGUGGGUCCUGUGGGGGCUCCAAGGGGGGCUGUGGGUCCUGCGGGGGUUCCAAGGGGGGCUGUGGCUCCUGUGGCUGCUCCCAGUCCUGCUGCUGCAAACCUUGCUGCUCCCAGUCCUGCUGUUGCAAACCCUGCUGCUGUGAGUCCUGCUGCUGCAAACCCUGUUGCUCCCAGUCCAGCUGCUGCUGCAAACCCUGCUGCUGUGAGUCCUGCUGCUGCAAACCCUGCUGCUCCCAGUCCUGCUGCUGUAAGCCCUGCUGCUCCCAGUCCUGCUGCUGUAAGCCCUGCUGCUCCCAGUCCAGCUGCUGUGUCCCUGUUUGCUGCCAGUGCAAGGUUUGAGGCUCUGCCUAAGGACCUCUGGUAGUUCCUAAAGACCCAUGUUUCCACUCAAGUGACUAUAGAUAAAUCCUGGAUCCCGUAAACACUUCCUCUUCAGGUACUGAACAACUAGAGUCAUCUGGCUUGGGAUUUUCCCCCCAGCCUUUGUGGGAAGGGAAUGGACUAUUCCCAUACCCAUUCCCUAAAAAGGGAUCCCAUCCUUCAAGUACCUUGCCUCUCCUCCCACAUGCCCUAAUGCCUGAGCCAGACUAUAUGGAAGUGGCCCACAGGGCAAGGAGGUGGCUGAAGUCCCUGUUUAUGUCAUUAUAUAUGAGGCACAAAAUCUUUGCUUUCUUCUACUCACUAGGAGCUUUAUGGCAUUAGCAUGCAACCAUCUCAUGUAACUGGCCUAAUUAACACAGUUGUAUUAAGAUUCCAACAGAUCUUGGUGAACCACUAAAUAAACUCUCUACCCAUAA